AUUAAUGACAACUCGAACGGUGGCGAGGAAAAAAAAAAUUACUACAUCUAUCGACUUGACAGUUCGCACAAAUAACGUAGUCACCCUUGCGUUUUUGAAGGUUGCUUUUUUUGUUUACAUCCAACACUGCCGAGCCAUGCUUCAUUUUCCAGUUCCGUGCUCCAACCACGCCCCUUUUUCCGGAUCCGCCCUCAACCCGCCCAUUGCCGGCUGAAUACAGAACAACACCGAUUAAACUUCAUAUUCACUGUUACUGAUACAUUGUGCAGAAAGAUAAUAGAAGCACAAAUAUAAUUUUUUUUUUGAAAAUUUGGAACAUUACAUUCAGUUUUCUGCAGUGACGUUUUAAAGUCACUCUAGCGCGCCAGGUUUUUAAAUGACCCGCUCGCACUUUCCUCCCUUUCUCACAGAUACAGCAGCCAGUUUGAGAUCAGGCGCAAAGCUCAACGCGCCAGCUCAGUCUAUCAAAGCAACUGAACUACUAACACAUAUUAGCUGGUAGCAGAACAAGACUGAUGAAUCAAUUGUUUCCGCAAUUUGUAGAUCGUCUAAUUUUUAAAUCGGGGAACCCUGUAGUCAAAUGAACUGAACUGUUGGCUCUUUCGUUGAAAACGUUUUUGUAAAGAAAAAAAACACUGAAAGGAGAAACAUCCAAGCAUAUAUCUCUACGUGUAAAGGAGUAUUUUAAGGAUAUAAUGUCAAGAAAGUGCGUGCAGACUGAGCUUAAGACGACUACAAAGAAUGAAGUGACCAAAGAAAGUGCACGUUCUAGAAAAAGGAAAGCAGAUGUUGCUAUUUACCUGCAGGACCCAGACGAAGUAGCAGCUGAUAUGACAAAGAAAAAGCAAUAUGAAAUUCAGACCUGUUGGAAUUCUGCCACAGGAUGCACAAGUCCGUGCAGGCUUAUUCCCACACCCGACAAAGAAGAUGAACCAGUUAUAAUGAGUACAGGAAGCUGUAUGCAGUAUAGGUUUAAAAACAUCUUCGUCACUCCUGUAAGGGCUUCUCCGCUACCAGUUCUGGGCUGGGCCAACAAAGAUGAUGUGUGGGAUAACUUGCUUAAGAAAGAUAAGACAUACCUGCGUGACAAACACUUUAUGAAAAGGCAUCCACAUCUCCAACCAAAAAUGAGGGCCAUUCUACUUGACUGGCUAAUGGAGGUGUGUGAGGUCUACAAACUUCACAGGGAGACAUUUUACUUGGCCCAGGAUUUCUUUGACCGGUUUAUGGCAACACAAACUGACGUUGUCAAAACCAGGUUACAGCUUAUUGGCAUUUCCUCGCUGUUUGUUGCUGCAAAGUUGGAGGAAAUAUAUCCUCCCAAGCUGUACCAGUUUGCUUAUGUUACUGAUGGUGCUUGUACAGAAGAUGAAAUCCUUCAUAUGGAGCUUAUAGUAAUGAAGGAGUUAAAAUGGAGUUUGAGUCCCUUGACGACUUUAUCCUGGCUCAACAUUUACAUGCAAGUUGCAUACCUGAAGGACAGCACAGAAACAAGCAAACUGUUGAUUCCACACUAUCCACAGGCCACAUUUGUGCAAAUAGCAGAGCUUAUAGACCUGUGUGUGCUGGAUGUCGGGUGUUUGGAAUAUCCAUAUGGAGUGUUAGCUGCAUCAGCUUUGUUUCACUUUUCGUCACUUGAACUUGUGCAGAAAGUUUCAGGUUUUGAAUGGAGAGACAUUGAGGAGUGUGUGAGGUGGAUGGUUCCCUUUGCCAUAUCUAUAAGGGAAGUGGGCACCUCUGGUUUAAAGAAGUUCAAAGGCAUCUCUCCAGAGGACACGCACAACAUACAGACUCAUUCUGUUCUCCUGGAGUGGCUGGACAGAGCUUCUGCUCAUCGGGCACUCGGUUCAGAGAAGGGUCGAAACUCUCCAGUGCCCUCUGGUGUUCUUACCCCUCCUCACAGUAGUGAGAAAACGGAGAUACUUAAGUCCUGAAUGAACUGGGAUCCAGACAUGUGACCUGAAAGAAUAAAUGCACCAGCAACCACAAAAGAUGUAUUUAAAAAAAAAAAAAAAAAAAAAAAAAAA